ACGGGGGCUCGCCAGAGACAGCCCCACACACAAUCACUGCAAGAGCUGGGGGAGGGAGAAAGUGAGAAAGCCACGGGGAUCCCACGCGAAUCAAGUGACAAUAUAUUUCUAAUUUUUUUUUCUCUCAGUGAAAUUUCACGUUUCAAAGUUUGAUUUGCCCUGAGCUGGUUAUAGAUUAGGGAGAGAUCGACUCGACAAGCGUCAUUCGAAACUUUCACAAGCCGCGGAGAGUUGCUGUGGGAGAAAUUAAAUAUCUUAUAAGAGAAAUCAACUAUCCUAUAAGGGAAAUUGUAUUGUUUCUAUCGGAAGCCUCUAUUUCAAACUUGUUUGGAUAGAACUCAUUAAGGAGACACGACUUAACAGAAUGUGGCUAACGAUAAUAAUCGCGCUGACAGGUCUGUCAUACAUACAAGCCCACAAGUGGAGCUAUGACGGUGAAGACGGUCCCCUGAACUGGCACAAAAAAUUCCCCGGCGGCUGUGACGGUAAAAGUCAAUCGCCAAUCGACAUCGUACCUGAGGAAACCACCUACAGCAGAAACCUGAAGGACUUUGCCAUCUGGUACGACCCACCUCAUCCUGAUGCCAAGUUCUACAUCAAGAACAAUGGACAUACUGCUCAAGUGGAACUUCAGGGCGAGUUCUAUGUGGCUAACGGUGGUCUUCCCAACGUGUAUAAAGCAGUACAGUUUCAUUUUCACUGGGGCCAUAAGGCACACCAUGGAUCUGAACACACAAUCGACGGAAAGGCCUACCCUAUCGAGCUUCAUUUGGUGACGUACAAUAAAGAUCUUUACAAAGACGUUUUAGAGGCUCUUCCUCGCACCGGAGGCCUGGCAGUCUUGGGAGUUAUGUUUGAAAUCUCAGAAGAAGACAACCCUGCACUGGACACUGUCAUCAAAGCAUUAAAACACAUCAGACCACCCAAAUCUUCACAUAGAGUCGAACUUCCAGCCUUCUCCAUUCGCGACCUCCUCCCAAGUGACAUCACCAGGUACUAUAGAUACAAUGGGUCACUCACAACGCCAAAUUGCUUUGAAAGUGUCAUCUGGACAGUAUUUGACAGGCCACAGACUAUCUCCGAGUCCCAGUUAUCAGAAUUCCGUCGUCUGCUACAAGUGAAGCACAAAAGACAUCGCAGAUCCCUUGGUAAAGCCCAGUACAUGCUCGAGCGCCAAGCAGAAGACAUUAAAGCUGAGCUCGGACUGGACGUACCGGCGACUGAUUUACUCGACAAAGCCACCAGUCUAUAUGAAUACAUGUCUGACAUGCCUGCCAAGACAGACUCUGGUCCAGGCAAGAGUGUGAAAGACGAGAAAGCUGGUGGACACAACUCUGCAGAAGACAAACACCACGGACCAACAGCAUCAUCGGGAGAGCAUCAUUCCAAGGAGGGCGAUGAAGAGCACGAGAACAUGGUCAACAACUACAGGCCAGUACAGCCCAUUCAUGAACGCAGGAUCUACAGGAGCUUCAAACUGUCGGUGCCAGCCCCGGUGCCCAAAGAAGAAGCCCACUAUGAAGAGACAAGAACGGGGGCUUACAAAUCGAACAAAAAUUCCGUGGCCCAGGCUGUAUCAUCUGUCUCCCUUCUGCUGGCAACGCUCAUCCUUAGUGUCAUCUUGUGUUAACUUCAUUCAACAACUUAUUUAUAAAACCAAUUAAGCUUUAAUUAGAAAACUAUUAGUUGGAAGACUCAAGAAAACUAUUAGUUGGGCUUUAAUUAGAAAACUAUUAGUUGGAAGACUCAAGAAAACUAUUAGUUGGGAGAUUCGAUAAUGUAGCUAAUAGUACUACAUGUAGCAAUGAUGUACCACAAGUUGCUACUUUAGUAUUUCAGGUAGCUGCUAUUCAGAGGAAAUGAAUGGUAAAUGGAAAUAGUGGUUCAGUAACAUUUGGUACAAAAAAAAAAUCUAGGAACAGAAUUCAGCGACAUAGUUUGUAAGUAAUAGUUAAAACAUUAUACUGAUGAAUGUCACUAGACGUUGUGCCCACUGUUUUGAUAUUGACUUCAAUGUACAUAUGUUCAGAAGGCACCAUGGGACAAUCUCCACAAAUGAAAGGGAAAUUACAUUAUUUAUAUCAGCCUGUGUAAUGAAACAUUGUUUCGUGGUCUGUUUUAGACAGUUGUUUUUAAUGUAGUUUUAAAAUAGUUGGUUCUAUCAAUACUAGUUGUAGUUUGUAUACAUGAUGAAUGUUUUAAAAUGUUUCAGAAUGUCAAGCAACGAGUUAACGCAUGAGGUGUGUGUGUGUGUGUGAUGCAUGCAUGUGUUUACCUGUUAUUGGCUACCUGUUGUGACUAUGUACUUUAAUGUAAUCUAGAUAUAUUUGUGUACCGUCUGUUAUUAUCGUUAACUAAUAAAAUACAUUUUUAACAGAAAA